UUCGUCCUCCUCCAGCCGCGGGAGCCCGUGCCGUCUGCUGGGCACGAGACCGCUGCCCGAGGGCGGCCCGGCCGGCCCGCCGCUCAGCACGGGCGGCACGGACAGCUCCGCCAAGGGAGGUGCUUCCCGGCGGGGCCCGGGCAGCUGCGAACGGCUCCAGGGCCGGCCGGCCGCUUCCCACCAGCGGCAACACCUCCGGGCUCUGCGCAGGGCACAGACACGGACAGGCAGCGCACCCGGCGGCGGCCAGCGGCGGUUGGUGCGGGAGGAUGGAAACCACCCUGCCAGGUGAACCAAGGAAGUUUGACCCGAAGUUCAGAGGACCUAUUCAUAACAGGCACUGCACAGACAUUAUUUGCUGUGUGAUCUUCAUAGUUGUCAUUCUGGGUUACAUUGCAUUAGGAGUUGUGGCUUGGGUGCACGGGGACCCCAGGAAAGUGAUUUAUCCAACUGACAGCUAUGGGCAGUUCUGUGGUCAGAGAGAUACCCUCAAUGAGAACAAGACCAUUUUGUUUUACUUCAAUAUUCUGAAAUGUGCCAGCCCCGUAGUGUUAAUAAACCUACAGUGCCCUACAACACAGCUUUGUGUCUCAAAGUGCCCAGACAGGUUUGCAACCUACAUUGAUGUUCAGGCUUCCUACAGAUAUAGACCAGAUCAGUGGAAUUACUUCAGACAAUUCUGCAAACCUGGUUUUAACAAUCCUCGCAAGUCUGUUGCUCAAGUCCUACGUGAUGAAGAUUGUCCUUCGAUGAUCAUUCCAAGCAGGCCUUUUCUGAAGAGAUGCUUCCCAGACUUCUCUACGAAGAAUGGUGUAUUGACUGUGGCAAAUCAGACUACAUUCAAAGAUGGAAGAGGGAAAACAAGAAAUGUAACUGAUCUCAGGGAAGCUGCAAAUGGCAUCAAUAAUGUCCUGGAUGCAAGAUCAGUUGGAAUGAAAAUUUUUGAAGACUAUGCCAUUUCUUGGUAUUGGAUUUUAAUUGGACUGUUCAUUGCAAUGUUGCUGAGUCUGCUGUUCCUUGUGUUACUGAGGUUCACAGCUGGUGUUCUCUUCUGGAUUUUCAUCUUUGGUGUGAUUGGAAUUAUAGGUUAUGGCAUCUGGCAUUGUUACUGGGAGUAUGAUCAUCUUAAAGGAAUACCUGGAUCUGACCUCACUGUUUAUGAUAUUGGAUUCCAGACAGACUUCAAAGUGUACCUGCAACUGAGGCAAACAUGGUUAGCAUUUAUGAUAAUACUUUGUGGUGUUGAGGUCAUAAUCAUACUGAUGCUGAUCUUCCUAAGAAAUCGGAUUCGGAUUGCUAUUGCACUGUUGAAGGAAGGUAGUAGGGCAAUCGGCUAUAUAAUGUCUACACUGUUCUACCCAAUCAUCACCUUCUUACUCAUUGCAAUUUGUAUUUCCUACUGGGCUGUGACAGCUGUUUUUCUGGCCACAUCAGGAGAACCUGUGUAUAAAGUAAUGGCUAAUCAAACACUGUGCAAGUAUGCAAACCUGACUUGUGACCCAGAGACUUUUAACACAACCAAUGUGACUAAAUUGUGCCCAGGUGCUCAGUGUACUUUUGCUUUUUAUGGAGGAGAAAGCCUGUACCAUAAGUACAUCUUCAUCUUCCAGUUAGCCAAUGCCUUUGUCUUUCUCUGGCUGGUGAACUUUGCAAUUGCACUGGGUCAGUGUACCCUUGCUGGUGCCUUUGCCUCUUAUUACUGGGCCUAUCGAAAACCAGCUGAUAUUCCACUGUGGCCGCUCUUCUCUUCAUUUGGACGAGCAAUACGAUACCAUACAGGUUCGCUGGCAUUUGGAGCCUUAAUUCUUGCAAUUGUCCAGCUUAUUAGAGUAAUACUGGAGUACCUGGAUCACAAACUAAAAGGUACUCAGAACUCCUUCACUAGAUUCCUACUCUGCUGCCUCAAGUGCUGUUUCUGGUGUUUGGAAAAAUUCUUAAAAUUUAUAAACAGAAAUGCCUACAUCAUGAUUGCCAUAUAUGGUAAAAACUUCUGCACCUCGGCAAAGGAAGCAUUCUUUUUGCUCAUGCGGAAUGUGGUGAGGGUUGCAGUUCUGGACAAAGUUACAGACUUCCUUCUAUUUUUGGGGAAAAUCCUUGUUGCUGGUGGUGUAGGUGUUCUUGCAUUCUUUUUCUUCACACAGAGAAUACCAGUCUUUGCACAGGAAGUGCCAAUGCUAAAUUACUACUGGGUACCAUUGUUGACGGUCAUCAUUGGCUCCUACCUAGUUGCACACGGGUUCUUCAGCGUCUAUGCAAUGUGUGUCGACACGCUUUUCCUCUGCUUUUGUGAAGACCUGGAAAGAAAUGAUGGAUCUACAGCAAAACCCUACUUCAUGUCAGCUAGCCUCCACCGAAUUCUAGGGAAGAAGAAACUAAGCCCUAAGAAGGCAGCAGGAUAAUGAACGCUAAACCUCAACAUCAAAAAGUGUCACUUUUAAGCAAAACGUGUAUAAAGCAGGCAAAAGUAAAAACUGUAAAUUAUG